UGGUCAAGAACCAUGCUGGAAGCAUCUGAACAAGCAAGGCUUUCUCCUGUUUGCUUCCCCAGCUUUUUUUGCUGCUUUGCUUCAUUCAUCUUUGGACGUGGAUAGGAACGCAGACUGUCAGUGCAAAAGAACGGGGGGGGGGCGCAUUUCUGAAUGCUUAAAGGAUGACUCUCCUUAACAGUACAACAUCUGCUCCGCGUGCAAAUAUUGGAAGCUCUCCAACAGCCACAGAUAUUGCAAUCAUUGGAGGUGUCAUAGCAGCUGUGGUUUUAGUCUUGAUUUGCCUCUUGGUGGUGAUGCUGAGAUACAUGUACCGACACAAGGGCACCUACCAUACCAAUGAAGCCAAGGGAACUGAAUUUGCCGAAAGCGCAGAUGCUGCUCUGAAAAAUGACCCUACCCUUCAAGAUGCCAUGGAUGAGAACCGAAAAGAAUAUUUCAUCUGAAAGCAAAGACAGCACCCUUGAGACACCCUUUGUUUUUCUCUCCUUCACAAGGGGCACUACAUAAAAGAAAAAAAAGCACUAGGAUAUGGAGAUUACACAAAAGAGAACAAGGGGACUAAUUGAAAUAUUGCUGUUUAACAACAAGAAGGACUGGAUGCCAGAUCUAUAGCUGUUUAUUUGAUUAGCCACACAGCUUAGUUCAGUAUCAGAUGAGCAGAAAGAAAAGUCUUAGGAUGAGUGAUUUAGCUGAUAGCAGAUAAAAGCAUCAAAUGUCAAAUCCUGACAUUUGGCAAAAAUAUCUGUGUUGAUGGAAAGCUUCUUCAUAGAUACAUUGAUUCAUCUCCAUUGAUACAAUGCCUAGAAGUGAAUUUACAGCAGCAAAAAAACAAGAAUAAAACAAAGGCACCUGGCCCAAGAAUGUUGGCCACCAUUCAUGUGCCUUUUUUUUUUUUUAAAAACAUGCAUAAGUUUAUCAAUGUGAAUAUGCAUGUUUUCUUGGUCCUUCUUUUUUUAUAAAAACGUCCUGAAGUUGUUUUUGCUUUGUUUUGUUUUUUAAAAGGAUGGACUAGCAACCUGAUUCUCACAGGAAAAGACUGCAGGAAAAGACUGAGGAAAGUUUUAAAAAUGAAGAAUGUCAUUUCUGGAUAUUUCUUACAGUGGAUGGGUUUAUGGAGAUUCUGUGCUGACUUCUUGAUCUUUAAUACCGUAUGAAUUAUCCUUGAACUUGUACUUUUUUUCACGUAGUAGAGCUCCCUACCCCUCCUGGGCAUACUGCUUAAUUUGUAGAGUGAUCUCAGAUCCACAGUGGCAGUUUAAAGUUAUUGAGGCAGUUCUACCUCAGCUGAGGAUGACCUGUGGAAAAGAGAAUUGUACAAGCAGAGGCAAAAACAAUCAUUCAGGUUCACGUAAGGGAGCCUUUCCUUCUACAGCUGAAAAAGGAGUGAGAUGCAGAAAAAGUGCUUAGUUAAUCUUAGAGCCAGUGAAGCCAAAAGAUCUCUCCCUUUCCCUCCCCCCCCCCUGCUCUAGCCCACUGGCUUUAAAUUAUGCCCCACUUCUGUGACUAGUAUAACUUACUAGUCAUGUUAGCUGUUUAAUAAUUUCCCCAUGGUUACAUUUUGGCUGAAGCUGUGGUUAUAAUACUAGCAGUGAUUAGUAAUGUAGUUUUAGUAGGAAUAAUAGUAGCAGUAAUAUUAGUACAGUAUUUUACUUCACUGCUCAAAUUAUACGAAAGCCUGGGAGCUUAUACCCUCCUUGCAUUUUGUGGUGGCCUCCUUUCUAUUGUUUUUGAAGAGUACAAGAGAAUCAUGAUUUAGCAGAAAAUAAGAGAACGCGAGUUGGGCAGUUGUGCAUUUCAUUAAAUUUCUGCCUAUAUUCUGCCUCUGUUCACCCUCCAAGUACGGUACAGCCCAGACUGUGGUUGCUGUAGAAAUUACUUUGGCAGGCCAAUCCAGCCUACCUCUGACAAAAAAGUCUAAUGUGGUUUACAGCAUGGACCUUCCUAAUAUCCUAAAAAAAUCCUGUGGCCGUAUGAAAUGACUAUCUUCAGGAAUGCUUGUUGCAGGUACACAAAUAUGUGAUGUUGCUAGGAAAUUCUAUCUGGCAACCACAUUAGAUGCUUCACUCCAGAUUCAUUUGAAUUCAGUGAGUCAGGUAGUAGCAGAUUUGGGAUACCACUGAAGUGUGGAUUGAGUUUAGGUAUACAUAUGGAACCAUUGUGAGCUACAGUGUUGCUUUGGCUAUAGAGACAAAACCAUCCAACAAGUUCAACUCCUGGUAAUGUCAUGGCAUAGCCAUGUAACUUUUUUGGUAACAACACUAGCCUUGCUUCUUCUGAGGUAUGUUCUCAUCUUCCUGAUCUAAUCCCAUGUUGGGAUUUCAUGAUGAUCUCCCAUCUUCUUUCUAGGCUCAUACAUACAAUGGGAAAAUCAAUUUCUGAAUGCGUGUAAUUUCUCAUUGUCCUAUAUAUAUAUAUAUAUAUUAUUUUUUUAAUCACAGCCUCAUCAUUUAUAACAUGUUGCUUGUUUUUCUGUUUCGUUGACAACUCUGUAACCCAGGGUCUGCAUCCUUUUGGCGACUGGAAUCCUACUUAAUUCUGGGAGUGGGGGGGAGUGAGUGAGUGCCACAGUGGAUAAGCAGGGAUGGAAAGUAGGUGAAAAUAUGUCAUUCACUUGGGGAAGAUGUCAUUUUCCAGAUUUAUUGUUUCAGUUUCCCCCGACUUUUUUUUUUUAAUUUGUUUUUCUUAGCCGCUAUUCUUAAAGAAAUAUUAAGCUUAUUUUAGAGCUUAUACAAUGCUUUUAUUGUUUUUUCUGCCUUAAUAUAGUGGGAAGCUAUGUUGCUGAUUUUAGGCAAUUGUGCCACCAAAUUAUAAUAGGGCAGUUCAAGGAAUUCCAGGUCUGCCAAAAAGUGCCUUAGGUAGCCUACCUCUGCCUUAACCAAAGGAAAAGCUCAAAUGUCUUCUCUCUCUUCUCUCUCUCAUGUUGGGAUAUUAAGAUAUAAAUAAAAAUUUUAAUUUCCA